CUUGUCAAUGACGACGGACCACCACGCCAUACCUCGUCUUAUACCUUGUCACUUGUUCAUGCACUUGAGUCUUCAGGACAUCUCCUCUCCGUCGUUAUGCCCACAAAUCAGCAGUCUUGGGCGGGGAAAGCCCACUCAACCAACGAAGAAGUCGUAGCGACUCCUCUAUGGCUUGAAACAACUGCGACCAAUUCGCCUCGAUCGUAUCCGUGGUUCCUUCUAAACUCGACUCCUGCCUCAUGCAUACAGAUCGCUCUUGGACAUCUCUUGGAAGACCGUCCCAGGGUGGACUUGGUCAUAUGUGGACCGCAUGUUGGUUGCAACAUCACUUCUAUAUUCGCUUUGUCAUCUGGUACUACCGGAGCAGCUUUGGAAGCGACUCUUUGCGGAUAUAGAGCAGUUGCGAUUUCUUUUGCUCGUGCGACACAUCGGGCCGAUACCGAAGAAGCUUUUGAGAUGAGCCAACACGCCAUCCAGGUCAUCGAUAAACUCUACACUCAGGGCGAAUGGACACCUGGAACCCUCUACUCCGUCACCAUACCGUGUUUGGUAGGAGUCGCACGGGAAAUUGCCUGGACGAGUGUUUACGCAAAUACCUGGAGAAAACCAGAUUGU